AUGGCGGAGGGCCCGCGGCCGAAGAGGAAGCGGGAGGACGAGGAGGAAGCGGCGGCCGGGACCGCGCUCCACGACGGGGCCGCCGCAGCCCCCUUCCCGCUGGCGGAGCUGCGCCUGCGGCGUGUGCUGCGGGAGUCGGCGCGGGACAAGGCCGUGUUCCUGCACGGGGAGGUGACCGGCCCCUCCGGAGAGGGGACAGAUGCUGUAGUCAUCCUGGAAAAGACUCCUUUCCAGGAGGAGAAGGUGUUGGACCUGCUGAAGAAGCACACGAAGCUGGAGCUGCAGAUGCGCAAUGACAUUUACAGCACGUACCACCUCUAUCCUCCCCUGGAGCUGAGCGAGAUAAAAACCACAGUGGUGUACCCCGCCACGGAGAAACACCUUCAGAAAUACCUCCGUCAAGAAGUGCACCUCAUCCGCGAAACCUGGGAGGAUUACAAGAACAUAACGCUGCCCUUCAUCCAGUCCCAGAGCUUCAGCAUCCAGUGGGUGUAUAAUAUCCUGGAGAAGAAAGCUGAGGCCGAUCGAAUCAUCCAUGAAAACCCAGAUCCUUGCAAUGGCUUUGUUCUAGUUCCAGAUUUUAAGUGGAAUCAAAACCAGCUGGAUGACCUCUACCUGAUAGCCCUCGUUCACUGCCGGGAGGUCAAGUCGCUUCGGGACCUCACCGCUGAGCACCUCCCGCUGCUGAGGAACAUCUUGGAAGAAGGCAAGGAGGCCAUAGCGAAGCGCUUCGGUGUGCCCGCGUCCCAGCUGCGAAUCUACCUGCAUUACCAACCCUCCUACUACCACCUGCACGUGCAUUUCACCGCCCUGGGCUACGACGCCCCGGGCAGCUCCGUCGAGAGAGCCCAUCUCCUGGCAGACGUGAUUGACAACCUGGCACUGGACUCCAUGUACUACCAGAAACGGGCUUUGACCUUCGCCCUUCGGGCUGACGAACUUCUGUUUAAGAAAUUCCAGGAGGCAGGAAGAGUGUGAGCUGGCAGAGGCGCUUUUGUAUCUUUUUAUUUUUAAUAAAUGCCCGUUUUCAGGGAUUAUUUUUUUUUAAAGGUUUGGGCACUUUUUUUUUAACUCUCAUUUUGUACAAAUUGGGGCUGACGGCCCAUUGCUAUGGAAACCGUGUCUUCUGCUCAAGUCAAUUAAAACAUUGAUUGAGUAA